UUCUGGGAAAAUUUGCGGAAGAGUAGAACCCCGGCAAGAACCCAUCCAAGAAUAUGGAAAAUACGACGAGAAAAUUGAGCCCGGGUUAGUGUGAAAAGUGGAAAAUAGUGACCUAAAGUGAUUAACAGAAAACCGCAAAAGGUGGAAACAAUUAGCAAAAUGAGAUCGGACUUAACGGACGACCGGAAUAUCCUGCAAAUUGCUGCAGCCGAAAUAGCCGAAUCUUCCGACACGAGUGGAUUCUUCGAGGUGAACAGCAACGGCUCCAACGGGCAAAAUGGUCACCGAUCGGAUGAUUUGCUACAGCUUCCAACCGAAUACCUGGUCAAUCCGAGGCCCACUUCCAGACCAAAGCGCACCGCUAGGCGACUACAAACGCAGGAGUCCGCCCUCGAUCCGGAUAUGAGCGACUCGAGUUCGCAGAGUGACGACACCAGCUGUGGCAGCAGCCGCAACGGAAGCCGCGGAGGCAGCAGCGGUAGCCGUCACGUUUCUUCGCAUUCCAGCCAUCUGCAAACCGCGGCAGCCGCACGACGCCGAAAAGGCGUCCUCAAUGCCAAGGAACGCAACCUACGGCGGCUCGAGUCCAACGAGCGGGAACGGAUGAGAAUGCACAGCCUCAAUGACGCAUUUCAGUCAUUAAGAGAAGUCAUACCCCACGUCAAGAAAGAACGUCGCCUGUCCAAGAUAGAAACGCUAACCCUGGCCAAGAACUACAUUACCGCCCUCACCGACGUUAUCAUCGUGAUGCGUGGCGAAGGGGAGGCCUCCGGAGGCGGCACCUCUUCGAUGGUCGUUACAGCGAAUGCAGUAGCAGCAAUUUCUACGACAAAUGGAAUGCCAAACGUACUGCAGAGCAACUGCAUCCUGAAAACAGAAGCCGAUCUUCGGCAUCAGCAGCAACAACAGCAACUGCAUCCUGAUCAGAUUUCGUCCAAUAUAUCUAUACUUGACGGGCUGAACAACGCAAUCAGUCCGCAUCAGCUUCUCACCCACAAUCAUCAGCACCACAAUGGUAGUAAUAACAACAAUACUACCAGUCACCACAAUCCCAGCAACAACAACAACAACAACAACAUCAACAUCGUGGACUUCAACAGCAUUGGUAGCACUAGCAGUAGCAGUAGCAGCAGCUGCAAUGGCAGCACCAACGGUAACAACAGCAACAAUAACAAUAACAACAACAAUAACAACAAUAACAGCAGCAACAAUGCAAGUAGUAUAGACAUUGAUAACAGCUUCUACGAGGAUCCAUUUCAAAUGAUGUAAUCACCCACU